UUGUGCACGUGUGCUGUCAGAAAGAGCGUGAGCGUGCGAACAGGAAACGUCCGCACAAACUGUAGAAAGCAAAUUAAACGGACCGGAUUCACUUAACCGAUUAACGGAGUUUCGAGGUGAGGUCUUGUGUGCUGGAGGCGCGUGUUUCCCCUCUUAAUCGAUCACGAAACAGAAUGAGCUCGGUUGGUUUAGCGGAGAGAAGCGAAUAUCUGUGGUGAAAUCACUGUCACACACGACCGACAAAAAUAACGGAGCUAUAGGCAGAAAACAGCAACUAUUCAAGAUGACUGGAGCAAAGGACCGAAUGAGAGAAAAAAAGAUGAAAAAUCAGCCGAGAAACGUCAUUUACACAAGCUCAGGUCGCGGUACCGAGGGAGGUCAGGGGUCACAGGCGUGCGGCUGGGUCAGAGGUCAUCAGCCUGGGGGUCACAGCUACAGUCAAGAUCUGCCCAAACACAUCACAGCCUCUUUCUUCGCUAGAGCGCGCGCCGCCGAAGUGAACGCUAUGCUGAAGGCCGUCGGUAAACCUGCAGGCAGCUGUCACAUCUUCAACGCUCUGCCAAAGCACAUGCGCAGACGAGCCAUGAGCCACAACACCAAGAGACUGCCGAGACGACUGCGAGAGGGAGCUGAGAGACUGGCUGAACGAAGUCAACGCGCACCGGAGAAAGAGAAGAAACAGCUGGCCAAAAGCAGGAGUCGGCGAGCACGUCGCAGACACGGGAACCUGCUGCUGGAGUUCAAUCGCAGACAGAGAAAGAACAAAUGGCUGGAGACGCAUAUUUGGCACGCCAAACGCUUCCAUAUGCUGAAGACGUGGAGCUACUGUCUGCCUCUCAAACCCACCGCAAAGAGCUUCAGAGCCAGUUACAGAGCCAUGAACACGCACGCCCUGCUGCAGGAUUUGUCAUAUUACUGCUGUUUGGAGCUUCAAGGAUCUGAAGAACAGAUGCUGCGAGCACUCGCUCGACUCACCAGCAAACAAACAGGUCCCACAUUCGCAGCAGCGUCGUGUCUCUCAGGUGCACGUCAGGGCAGCGUCCAUCUGUACAAAGCAGAUCAGUUUCCUCAAGGCUCUCUGGGUCCUGCUGACUUCCUGUGGAGGCCCCGGGUCCCUGAUGCCUCAGACAGACAGCUGUGGAUCUGGAUCCAUCCGGCCCUUAGACAGGACGUGCUGUCUGAGCUGCAGCUGGUGUGUCAAUGUUUUGAGGCCGUGUCCAUCUCUGAGGAGUCUUGUCCCGCUGUGGAGCCAUAUGCAGGGAGGAAGAGGAAGAGAGACGAAGAUGACGCAGAGCAACUUUCGAAAAGGCUGUUGGGUAACGGAACGCGGCCCGCCGGAACCGCUGUGCGCUGGCACUCCUCUGAUACGGCCAUCACCAUCAGUGACCUGACUAUGGAGAUUGUGCGCUAUCGUCUGAUUGGUCCGCUGGCCCACACGGUGCUCACAGACACACUCCGUCCAGCCAGUGAGGAGAUGGAAGUGACGAAGCCGUCCAAUCACAGUACAGAUGAGGUUGACACGAGCGUCCAUCAGCAACAGGCAGACAUAUUCCAACUGCUGAGAGGAGUGGGUUCAACAGCAGAGCUCCCAGCUGGCUGUGUGUUGGGACUGACUGUAGAUGAUCCCAGACUCACUUUACCUCAGAAACGUGGUAAAUCUGUACCUGAUCUACAGCAGAGCGCAGAGGACAGUCGUGUGAGAGAUUUGACUCUCAGAGGAGUUGCGGCUCACUGCAGUCAGAGCACGCUGUGGGAUGCGUCUGUUCGAGACCGUGUGACACACAACCGACCAUCCGAGCAGGAGCUGAACAGGAUGAGGAGUGAGCUGUUGGUUCCGGGUUCGAGGCUGUCGGCUGCUGCUCAGGCUGGCGUUCCGGUGCUGCUGGUUCAUCAGGGCGGUCGUGUUCGUGGUGAGGAGCGUCUGCACUGGGGGUCCGGCUGGGAUCUGAUGCUGCCCAAGGGCUGGGGAAUGGCAUUCUGGGUCCCUCUGGUGUAUCGCGGUGUUCGUGUCGGUGGCCUCCAUAUGAGUGUCAAAGCCUCCCAGUUUACGGGUCAGCCUCACUUCCCUCAUGAUUACCCAGACUGCCCUGCAGGACAGCGCUUCCAAUCAGAGCAGGAGGCGGAGCUUCUGGAAAAGUUCAAAAGACGUCCUCCAUCAAAACGCACCAACUACAUCAAACACGGCUGCUUGGCGCCGUUCCGUUGCCCCUGGCAACAGCUGACGGAGGAGUGGGAGGAGCUCGUGAACCUGAGCGCGGAGACGACGAGCGACUGCGGAACCGGACCGUCGGACUUCGCUGUUCUGAGGAGUCUGAAGGCGUUGCGGCAGCUGUCGGCCUGGUGCCGUCCGUCCUCUCGCAGGAACUCCUUCCCGCUGACCCGUGCGACGGCCGCGGCGCUGCGGCAGGAAUGUGGGCGGAGUCUGGUGUGGGUGCGUCUGCGUCUGUUGGGUAAAGGCCAGCCGGCGCUGCACGCCACGGUGUGCGUCCCGACGACCUCUGACCUCCAACUGCUGCUUAAAGAUGCACACAGCAGCGGCCCGCAGGAGCCUCGACACAAAGACCACCUCAAACACCUGCGUCGACACACAAGCGGCCCCGAAGAGCCGGCCUGUGCCGUGAGAGGCGUUUGGCCGCCGCCUCUGCCCAGCGUUCUGUCCCACUGCAGCCGGCUGACGCUGGGAUGGGUGCAGCAAGGCGAUUUCUCUCUGGCCGCCGGCCACGGCGAAGCGCUGGCCUUCAUCAGCGUGUCUGGUCUCCUGCACAUGAUCCUUCAGCAGCCGCAGGAGCAGCGCGGCGUCGUUCUGCUGCGAAACCCCUCGUCACUGCAGUAUCGCUACGCUCGCAUCAGCAUCGACAUAUAGAGUCUGUCACGUGACUGAGCCGCUCUGUGGCGUGUUCAACAUGUGUUCUGUAUUCCUUAAGCUGCUGUUUGAUCAACACAUUCACAGACCGAUGCAUGUCGCACCUCCGAGACUCACCAUUUAGGAGUGCAUGUGCUGAAACUUUUUUUUUUAAGAGAAACUCUAAAUGUUGAAUUUUUUGUCAUUUUUGGAUGCAGUUUAAAAGGGAUAUUUGAAUUACCAAGACAUUUUAUUUUGUUUAAAUACACGGCUUCAGACUUUGUUCUCACUCUGCUGUGUCAGUUUGUGAAGAUUGUGUACUAUUAACCCAAGAUCAGUGUUUUAGUUUCUGUUCAGGCAACAUAAAUGAUGCAUCUUCCAGUGGAUUAAUAAUCGGUGCAAAUUAAAGCACUUUACCUUCCUGA